AUGGCUGAGACUAUGAGAAGCUCAAGCCAUUGGAAAUCCAUGAACAGUUUUGCUCAUAAAGUGAAAAGAUUUCCAAGUUUAGUGAGGAGGACAGUUUGGAAAGUUGGCAAAGAUGAUCCAAGAAGGCUAGUGCACUCUUUGAAAGUUGGUUUUGCUUUAGCAUUGGUAUCUUUGUUGUAUCUAACGGAGCCAUUGUUCAAAGGGAUAGGGGAAAAUGCUAUGUGGGCUGUCAUGACUGUGGUUGUUGUCAUGGAGUUCACUGCAGGGGGAACUUUAUGUAAAGGACUAAAUAGAGGAUUGGGAACUAUGUUAGCAGGAUCAUUGGCAUUUUUUAUCAGGUAUCUUGCAGAUGUCCCUGGUCAGAUUUUUCGAGCAAUUUUCAUCGGUGCUGCGGUUUUUAUUUUAGGAGCUGCAGCUACUUAUAUAAGGUUCAUUCCUUAUAUAAAAAAGAAUUAUGACUAUGGUGUUAUGAUAUUUCUCUUGACCUUUAAUUUGAUUAUUGUAUCAAGCUACCGUGUUGAUAAUGUCUGGAGCAUGGGAAAAGAUCGCAUCUAUACCAUAUGCAUAGGCGUUGGUAUUUGUCUUGUUAUGAGCCUCUUUGUAUAUCCAAACUGGUCAGGGGAAGACCUUCAUAAAUCCACCAUCUCAAAGCUUGAAAGCUUAGCCAACUCUAUAGAAGUUUCUGUCAUGGAGUACUUUUAUGAUUCGGAAAAACAAGUAAACGAAGAUGAUACAUCUGAAGAUGCAAUUUACAAGUGCUACGAGGCUGUUUUAGACUCUAAAACUAAGGAUGAAACACUGGCAUUACAAGCAAAUUGGGAACCAAGAUACUCAAGAUGCUGCCACAGGAUCCCAUGGAAGCAAUAUGCAAAAGUAGGAGCUGCUCUUUGCCAUUUUAGUUACACUGUUGUAGCACUACAUGGAUGUUUGCAGUCUGAAAUUCAGACACCAAGGUCAAUCCGUGAUCUAUACAAAGAUUCUUGCAUUAGACUUGCACAAGAAGUAUCGAAAGUACUAAGGAUGAUGGCUGACAGCAUAAGGAAAAAACGUAAAUUUUCCCUUCAAAUACUCUCUAAAAACCUCAAUGAAGCUUUAAAAGACCUUGACAACGCCUUAAAAUUGCAACCACAACUUUUACUAGGCUCGAGGAAUGGUCGAAGUCAAUCUCCCAGAAUCCCAACUCAAGCAACUGCGCAUAAGGACAACAAGCAUGAAGCAGAAACUAAAAUCUCAUUAUCACGGGUUAAAAGUGAUUGCUGUUCUCCGGUCGGAAGCAAAUUCAAAGAACAUUCGCGAGAACAAACAAAAGAAGGACAAGGACACAAAAAGGUUUUGAGGCCACAACUUAGUAAGACUAUGAGUAUGAUUACUAGCCUUGAGUUCUCAGAAGCACUACCUUUUGCUGCUUUCACUUCAUUGCUAGUGGAGAUGGUUGCAAAACUAGAUCAUGUUAUGGAUAAAGUUGAAGAGUUGGGCAGAAUGUCACAUUUUAGAGAGUUUAGAGAUGAUGAUGAUGAUGAUGAUGAUGAUGAUAAUGAUGAGGAUGAAAAUAUUGUGGUCACUUGUGAGAAACCAAAAAUGAAUAUUGUUGAUAAUGAGUUGCCUUCUAAUGGAACGGAAUAA